GACGUUGUUGCAGUCAGGAACGAAAAAGCCUCAUCCGAGCUUGGGUCCCCUUGCGAAAGAUAGUGACAUUAUGAGCAGACUCAAAGUGCUAGCAUCUUCGAAUUACGCCGGUAAAUUAUACGCUCACGCCAGUGAAUAUCCAGUUCAUCCAUACCAGUUUUAUGACAAAGAAUACAGACGAUGAGACGUGGACUUGGAUCUUACGCUAGUGGAGUGAGAAAGACGCCAUUCCGAGAGCUAUUUUUCCAGAUAUCCGUCGCUCGGGAAUAGACCUUUUAUCAGACAGUUUCGGUUGCUUUAGCUCGCAAAUUGAUCAGCAUGACCUCGCAGUGCUGGUUAGACAGUGUCCUUCGUGUUCGCUAGCAGCCCAUGCUAUUAGGAAGUCCGUGCCAUCGCAAUUCUAGUGGCUAGUAGAAUCUUCCCCGUAACAGCACCUUUCGUUAAGAGCUAGAGAAGAAGAUUUUAAUCAAGGGGUGCACAAGCAUCGCGACAUUGUAGGCAGCAAUCCCUUAAAUCUUUGAUCACAAUUGUGACAUGCAAAAAGAUGAAUCAAGCAUCUCGUGGAACGUAGUAGGUAGUGAGCACAAUGGAUUCUACUCCGGGUGGAUCCGUGCUGUGAUUGAGAGAUGUAGACAACAGGCAGUUCAAGCAAUAACCGUGCGUGUUGUGUAGCACCAUCAAGACAGCCAUGUCAUCGGUAUCUAAUGCACCACGAAAGUCGAAUGUGGCGUCCACGCUGUUCAAAGCGUCGAGUAGGUUUCUACACGGCGGAACAAGUAAUGGACAAGGAGCUGGAGGAAAGAGUAUGAAGAGACACAGAGCAUGUGCCUUGUUAGAUAAAGAGGCGGUCACCGCAGAGAAUAGCGACGUUCAAGACACAGCGUUGAACGAGCUAAAGGAUAGCUCUGCCGGGACAAAGACCAAGAAAAGGUUUGUGGGAGUGCGACAGAGACCAUCGGGGCGUUGGGUUGCUGAAAUCAAAGACACAACGCAGAAGAUUCGAUUGUGGCUGGGAACGUUUGAUUCCGCCGAAGAAGGAGCGAAGGCGUAUGAUAGCGCUGCAAGAGCUUUGAGAGGGGCUAAUACUCGCACAAAUUUCGUUCCUGCCGUGGCAAAUGAGGGCACGGUGCCUGCUUCUAAAGCAGCUCGCCUCAUCCGACUUCGGCAAAUUGCAGCAGCUUCAAAAGCUUGCGAAAAUGAGCCCCCCAAUGUGACCCAACCGCAGGAGCAAAAUGAUCCCAACCUCGGGAAGAUUCAGGACGAAGGCAACGACCGGCUGAUCUCUACUCCGAAGAGACAGGAUAUUCAGCCCUCCAGCAAUUUACGUACUGCUUUAGGUGAUAAUCCCCCCCACCUACCCUCGUCCCCGCGUAAACCUGCUCGUUUGAUUAGCCACAGAAGCAAUGCACCGUCAGUAAAUGCAAAACCAGAACAGGAAGGUGAUGCUCCUCUUCCUGUCAUUACUGAUCGAGGCGCAGUGGAUUGUGACCUCAAGGUUAAGGUGGGAGAUUUCCUCUCUCCGCAUUGCUCCUCAUCGAAGCUAGAACCUCAGCAAUCCAUCACCUCUGAAAAUCUAUCCACUGCGAUAAAUCGGAGUCUCACGGUUUCUCCACAAGAUCCUCCAACCCGACCUUCUUCUCCUCCUAGUCUCUCUUCGUUUAGAAUCCCUUUUGAUGGUAUGCAACCAAUCAGUCUAGCUGAUGGAGAUGCACACUUGGUGAACAGCGGUUUAGCUGAAGCUGCAGCAACAGACCUUAAGUUCAACAAGCAAACGAUAUUCCCAACCCAAAUAGUGGAAGAAUGGCAACGACUAUUGUCAUGUGAGAGCUAUUUAGCCCUCGCAGUUGACAAUUUCAUGGCUCUCCCUCCUAUCUCCCUUCACGUAGCGCCGUUGGAAGCGUCAAUGCAACUAUUCAGAUCGGAUCAUAACGUGUCUGAUUUCGCAGCGAGCACUCAACAUGGCGGUUCUUCCCAACAUCAUAUUCCUUGUACCACCAAUAGGGAUCUCGUGACCAUUUACCCGCCUGCAAGGUACAGCGACCUCAAUCCCAGGAUGAGCAACGGCAAUGAGAUCCCAUACAGAGCGAGCGUCAGUCGACAGGUGAAUUCGGAUGAUGCCAUGAGUAUGGACGCUUCCAAGAGCGUAACGGAGACAAAAUGUUGUAAACCUGCUUCGACGGUCCCCAAAGAGGAAAUAAACUAUGGAAGCGCUGAAAUACAUGGCGUGGAGACGGAGAGAAUAGUACAAGAAAGAUACGCUUACAGAGAAAAAGAAUUUCCAGAACUUCUUGUCUUGGAUCACAUGCCAUGGUCGGAGUACGGAUGGGGGGACGAAACAGGCAUGGAGUCCGGGUUGCUAGGGUUGAAUCUAAGCAGUGAAAACUCAGAAGUAUACACCCCAGCGUUCGAUUUCUCUGCAGAGACCAUUGACAGAGAUUCCUGUACAAAUGUGCCUUCCAGAUCCAACAGUUUUCAAGAAUGCGUCGAGUUAACGAAGCACUCAGAGUUGGACUACAGCAUGUCACCACACGAAUCGAGUCUUUCUAGCCCGCAGUUAUCUCCUCCAGCAACCCAUCUCUCCAUGUCAUCAUCAGACCUUUGGAGUCUGAAUGAUACGAGCGCAUGGGAUGGUCAGUCAAGUGGGAGCACAGAAACCAUCACAAGCUCAGACAUCAAAUCGGGUGGCGAUGGCAACGGCGAGUGCACGAGCCAAGACCACGAAGCUCUCUGGAGUUCCAUGGACCUCCCUCCGCUUUGUAUGGUAGCGUAAGAUGUCAUUCGACCUAGUUUGGUUCACUUUCCAUGUGAAUUUGGGAUCAAGAGCUUGCCCCCAGUCUUGAUCAUGCGACAAAGAAAGGAUUUCAAACCUUAAAGAGGUGAGCUGAAACUUAGUGAAAUCCCUAUCGGCAGCGUUUCGGUGAUUGCCCACACCAAAACGAUUUCAUUAUAAUUUGAACGAAUUACUGUACUUUGAAUUCGCACUAGUUACGUCCAGCGCCCUGCACAUGACUGGGAUAGGGAGUACUGGUCAUUCGUCAUUCUGUUCGGCGGACCCAGCCUGAUAAUGUUGACUGCAAAUCGCUUUUGCUAGAUGUUCUGCAUUUUUUUUAAUACGUGGGAUAGAAAAUGUCAUGACAACUUGAAAGUGUAUCUCAUACGAAUGCUAAGAGGUACUUCGGAAUGACAAGCAGCACAAGCUGUUAAGACGAAUCGCCUCCUAGCCAGACAACUCUGAGACGAUAGAAACAGCGUGACUAACCAACCAGUUUUGAGCAGAUACAAGUCCUCUAUAUAGUGACAGCUAAGUAUAAACAUAUUUGUACACAGGAAUCUCGAUAGCAUGUAGAGUCAUUAAGCAAGGGCUUCAUCAUGAAAAUAAUCACUAGAAUUGCCAAGA